UGGUAAAUUCCAUCUCCCUCGAAAUAAGCAGGGUUUUAGUGUUUGUCUAAGCCAUUGUUCGGCUUCGCUCCUAUCCGUUGGAGUGGACGCUCAGACAAUCUUUAUCAGAUCCUCGAGAUAAAUAAAACAAAUUGAUUCAGAUCCUGUUUCGGAAGCUAACAACUUGUGCUUCUUUUCGCGAGAAACUCACCAACGAGGUAAAAUAGAGAUGACUGUCUCUGGAAUGGCUGGUAGUCCCUUAAGAUGUUGUCUCUGGACACCUGGGGGUGGUAGCCAAAGAUUACAGUGUAAGGAAGUUGUGGCAUUGUGUAGCUUUGGAAAAUAUAAAGAAAGGUUCGAAUUGCUACGUCUUAGAAGAAGGUAUUGGACAGGUUCUUUUCAACGAUGCACUCCAAAGAAAACUCAUUGGAUCAAUUGUGCAAUGGAUGCCUCUUAUGGUGGUGAUAUGACAAAUGAACAAACUGGUUCAACCAUCUUCCCUCGAAUUAAUGUGAGGGACCCAUAUAAACGGCUUGGAAUAAGCAGGGAGGCUUCUGAAGAUGAAAUUCAAGCUGCAAGGAAUUUCCUUAUUAAUAUGUAUGUGGGGCACAAACCGAGUGUGGACGCAGUUGAAUCUGCCCAUGAUAAAAUAAUCAUGCAGAAGUUUUAUGAGAGGAGGAACCCAAAAAUAGAUAUCAGGAAGAAGGUCAAGGCAGUAACUAACCACCGCGUUGUGCAGGCUGUUGCAAGCAGAUUCCAGUCUCCAUCGACACAGUUUAUUAUCAAAACUUCAGUUGCAUUUCUAGUACUUGGUGCCCUCACUAUUAUUUUUCCAACUGAAGAAGGCCCAACCCUUCAGGUGGCGAUAUCACUCGUGGCUACCUUAUAUUUUCUAUAUGAUCGCCUGAAGAGCAGAAUUCGAGCUUUUCUUUAUGGGGCUGCAAGUUUUGCUUUCUCAUGGCUUUUCGGAACCUUCUUAAUGGUAUCUGUGAUUCCACCGUUACUUAAGGGACCAAGGAGUUUUGAAGUGAUGACUUCAUUGAUAACCUAUGUGUUACUAUGGGUUUCCUCUACUUACCUUAAGUAGUGCGGAUCAUCUGUUAUUACAAGAUCCUGAUUUUGUUAGAGCAGUUGAUGGUAAGAGUUUGCGGUCGGGCUCUUGAUCAAUUGUGUUCUAAAAGCUGUGUUUUUUUACCAGAAAGAAAUAAUGUAGUCUGUUGAAAAUAUCGUGCCAGCAUCCGAAGCAGAGGUUGCAGACGUUCCUGUUCUUGUGGGGAGACGUUUUUCUUGUCUGUUUAUUUUUCUCACAUGAAUUGAGUUGUAUCCUUCUUGCAGUCGAUGAUGACUUUUUUUGGAUUUAUGGUCUUUGCCUACAAAACAUUUUGCCAGUAAUGUAGUCAAAGUUGCAUUUUUAACUUUA